AUGGCUUCGUAUCUACACGCCCUGACCUACGGUGACGAUGUAUUCGGUUUACCUUCGAAACUGAUUUCCAGCCUUUCAAGACAUCAGAACAUGGACAGCUUUGCUCCAUUGGCUAUUCGAGCUAUAGCUCUGGGAGCGAUCUUGACUGUACUGAAACGAUUCAUAAAAUAUGGCCAAUCAAAGAUCAAUAGAAUUCUGUUCCCAACAGCCUAUAUAGCUGUUAACGAUCCUGCAUUUCACUGGAUCACAUCAUGGAUAGCUCAAGAUCCAUACGCUCAGUCACAAAUUCAUGAUUUCCAAUUAUCGACUACUGAAUCAAGAUCCUUGAGGAAGAAGAAUAAUCAAGGAGUUUUGACUGUUGGUGACACUAAAACCAAAGGGACAAUAGGUGAACAUAAUGCAAGCUGGAAAAUGAAUGAGAUCAUAGGUCAGAUAUUACCUACUUAUCAACAUAGCAUAAGGAUUAAACAUGAUGGAAAUUACCUUUGGGUCACAAGACGCAUCACUGGAUUCGCAGGUGUAAGGCAGAUUGAUCAUUUCAGGGUUAGGACAAUCGCUUUUCGACCUCAAGUUCUUCGUCAAUUCUUGGUAGCGGCAAGGAAUGCAUUCUUCGCCAAAGAAGAGAGAGAAUUAUUGAUUUUUCAUGCCAAACGUAUUCAAUCUACCUGGCAGGUUCCCGUUUCCAGACCUGCGAGACCAUGGUCUUCCGUCAUCCUACCUGGGGAUCUCAAAGAUGAAGUACUCAAAGAUAUAGAAAAAUUUCUUAGUGAUAAAGAAACGCAUUGGUAUGCUUCUAGAGGCAUUCCCCAUAGAAGAGGUUACUUAUUUCAUGGUGCUCCUGGAUCUGGGAAAACAACCCUCGUCACCGCUAUUGCUAGUAAGCUAGCCUUGGAUAUUUACGUCAUCAAUCCUGCCCAAAGAGGUAUGGAUGAUGCCAAAAUGUCCAAGUUGUUCAGAGAUUGUCCUGCGAGAAGUGUUAUCCUCAUCGAAGACAUUGAUUGUAUCUUUCCGAGAGGCCGCGGAAAUCGGAUUCAAUCUGAUGAUCAAGGUGACAAUGGCGAUGAUGGUGCUUGGGAAGACGGUGAUGGGAUGGCCGAGAAUAAUGAGUCGGUCAUUUCUAAUAUGAUGAGCCUAGGUGGAAAACACAACUUGGCUCCUUCCACAGUUACGAUGUCAGGUUUACUCAAUGCUAUUGACGGUGUAUCAAGUCAAGAAGGAUGUAUUUUGAUUGCCACUACGAAUCAUCCUAAUCGACUCGAUCCAGCUUUAUCCCGAGCAGGCAGAUUUGAUAUCCGUUUAGAGUUCACUUGGGCCAUUCCAUCUCAAGCAAAAGCUCUAUACCUCCAUUUCUACCCUUUAGACGAAUUCCAACCUUUUCCAAAUACUAGUCCCCCGGACGAUGGUCGAGAAGAUACAAAGACAUCGGAAAAGCUUUUUGGACAAUCAGAAGUUGUUAUUUCAAACCAAAAAGAAUUAGACAAUUUAGCAGAUGCAUUCGUUGAAGGUAUUUUCAAUCUUUCCGGUUGUAAAUCCUUAGCUCUAAAUUCUUCAGCAAAUGACAAUUCCCAAACUCCAGCAAGCCCGACUCAUCCAAAGUUAUCAAUGGCAUCACUCCAAUCCUAUUUGUUACAACACAAGGAAGACCCGAUAUCAGCUAGCGAGGUUGUGAAAGAAUGGAUCAAACAGGAAUCAAACGCAAACGUGAGCCAUCAUUCUACUAAUGUCGGUGAGAUCAAAUGGGGUUUGAGAGGUCGUCAAGUAGAAGACGAUGAUUACACAUUAACUUCAAACCAAAAGGUUCGGAGCGUUUGCAAGUCACAAGGGAAAGUCAAACUGAAGAAAGCGGAGCAGGAGGGAAGUGGAGAAAAGAAGGCCCAAAAUGCAGCUGCAGCGGUCGGUGAUAUUGCCGAAAUCGAAAACUUGGUCGAAUCAUAG